AUGGAUUCCCUUAUCUACCAAUAUGAAUUGUUCAAGAUGAAAUUGGAUGAAACCAUAAGUGAAAUGUAUGAUAGAUUUGUGGAGAUUAUAGGAGGAAUUAAAUCUCUUGGGAAUACAUUCACAAAUGAGGAGCUAGUAAAGAAGAUUUUAAGAAAUCUUCCUAAGGAGUGGCUACCUAAAGUAACUUCACUCAAGGAUUCCAAGGACUUGAGCAAGGUGCAACUUGAUGAGCUCUUAGGAAAUCUCAUUGACUAUGAGAUGACCCUCAAAAGAGAUGAUGAAGAUGAUGAGUUUAAUGAGGAAGAAUUGGCUCUAAUGACAAGGAGAAUAAGGAAGAUGCUCUUCCAAAAGAAGUUCAUGCCAAAGAGGAACUUCAAGAAGGACAAGGGAGAAAGUAGCAAGAGGGAUCCUCCUAUAUGCUUUGAAUGUAACAAACCGGGUCAAACUAGAAUGGAUUGUCCCAAAUUGAAGAAGUCUUUCAAGAAGUUCAAGAAGAAGGCACUUAAAGCAACAUGGGAUAAAUCAAGUGACUCUGAAGAUGAGGAGAUUGGUGAUCAAGUUGCCCAAACGUGCUUCAUGGCAAUGGAGGAAAGCUCCAAUGAGGUAACUUUGAAUGAUGAUGUUGUUGAAUUUUCUUAUGAUGAACUAGCUAAUGCUCUUAAAGUUAUGAAUGAUGAACUAGAAUUAAGUCAUAAGAGAAAUACACUUUUGAAAAGUGAGCUUGCUAGUUUAAGGAAAGAAAAUGAGACCUCAUCUAAAGUUGAUAGACCUUUAGAUACAAAGGACAAACUUGAUGAAAUUUUGGACUUUCAAAGGUCUCCUAGCAUCAAGUAUGGACUUGGCUAUAGUAAAUUUGCCCAAGCACCUCCUUCCAAGACUACCUUUGUUAAAGCAUCUAGUUCUAAUGAGCCUAGUCCCCAAGUGCCUAGUCUAAAGGUGUCCAAUCCUAAAGGACAAAAGCCAAAGAAAUCUUGUGACAAUGAAACUAGAAAGACUUCAUUUCAUCAACAUGCUCCUAGACAAAAUGUAAAUAGGACAUAUACAUCUAGGAGAGUUGCAUCUAGGCCAAAUCUUUAUAGGGGACAUGCUACUAGGCCUCAUAACUAUUAUCACACUCACCAUGCCUCAUGCUUACAUUCACAUAAUAAACAUAAAAAGAUUGAUCAUAUGAGACCAUUUGCUCACCCCCAUACACAUAGAAGGUUCAAUGGACAUUGUCACUAUUGUGGUAAGAUUGGUUACACCAACUAUAGGUGUGCCAUUAGGAAAAUCCAUCUUGGAUAUGGUAGAAUAUUUGAUUUUAAUGAUGGAACUACUAACCCCCAAGGACUCAAGUACAUUUGGGUGCCUAAAGUAAAUUGA